AUGGCUAACGACGAGUAUGAUUUCCUCUUCAAAGUGGUGCUUAUUGGAGACUCUGGUGUUGGAAAGUCCAAUCUGUUGAGUCGAUUCACCCGAAACGAGUUCAACUUGGAUUCCAAAUCGACUAUCGGUGUCGAGUUCGCAACCCGUUCCAUUCAGGUUGAUUCCAAGACAAUCAAGGCUCAAAUCUGGGAUACCGCUGGUCAAGAGCGUUAUCGCGCUAUCACGUCCGCCUACUAUCGGGGUGCCGUCGGUGCGCUUCUCGUUUACGAUAUCAGCAAGCAUCAGACUUACGAUAACGUGAACCGGUGGUUAAAGGAACUCCGCGAUCAUGCCGACUCUAACAUCGUUAUUAUGCUGGUUGGUAACAAGAGCGAUUUGAGGCACCUACGAGCUGUUCCCACAGAGGAAGCCAAGCAAUUUGCCAGCGAGAACAACCUCUCCUUCAUUGAGACUUCCGCCCUGGAUGCGAGCAACGUUGAACUAGCUUUCCAGAACAUUCUCACAGGUAUGACUGCAUACGAACAAACUCCAGUACACUCUCCUAACAGCUUGCUCGCCAUAGAAAUCUACCGCAUUGUGUCCAGCAAGGCUCUUGAAGGUGAAUCUGGCGGUGCCUCGGUUGGUGAGCGUCGUCAAAUAAUCGACAUUGAGAAGACCCAGGAUACCGAAAACAAGGGAGGAUGCUGUUAA